AUGAGGCAAGGCGAUUCUCCUAGCCCCGAGCUUCUGGAUGGUCCCAGUGGUCUUAAUAUCCAUCCUAAGGCAUUCGUCCCUCCCAAUGAAGAGGAGACUCCAGAGACCCUUUUUCCUCCUACUACAAUACCCCAUGCAUCAGUGACGCAUAAAGUAAACCGCUUGAUCAACCGGGAUGAUGAUAAAUGUAUGCUCAUCUAUACGGAUGGCGUAUAUCUAGAUAUCGAGGACGAGGGCCCACUGUUCGGCUGUAGCAUUGUCUAUAAGGGCGAUGCGCGAUCUGCUCGGGCUCUUGGUGAAACUAAUUUCAUCGAUAAUGAUUAUAGAAACUAUUCCUGCUUUGCCCUUGAAAUGAGGGGACCUUCUGGGGAGGAUCAUACUCCAACCACUCAGCGUGCUAAGCUGCGUGCUGUAAUUGCGGCUCUCCAAUUUCGAAAUUGGGAUUCAGAUGGAUUCAACAAAUUGGUAAUUGCUACUGACUCUGAGUAUAUUGUCGAGGGUAUUACAACUCGGGUACACGCAUGGGCACAUCAGAACUGGGUUACAAGGGAUGGGUUCCUGGUUUGCCACUAUGAUCUCUGGAAAUGUCUAGUUGAAGAACUAGAAAACGCACGUAAUCGACCUAACGGAGGACUAAACGUCGAGUUUUGGCAUAUUUCACCCUCGUGGAAUACAGAGGCAAAUGGCCAUGCUGAUUUCGCUGCUCGGUUUGACGAGGUUCCUAGUAUUUUUGCCCCAAUUAUUGGUGCACGUGUCUAA